CAAAAACGAUCCUCCCCUACAGUUUGUUUGCAGUCUGCUCCGGAGGGACCGCGGAGAACAGGUGGACAGGGAGAGACACCCUACCUGCCUGCUGAGUUUGCCCCGGUAGCUUCCACGGAGUAGCUUCGGCUACCGUCUCCGUGUCACAAUGAGUCAAUACGGGUCUCAGAAGGGCCUGGACAGGUCCAAAGGCGACUUGACUGGCGGUGGGACGUAUUACGCACGGAGCGAAGUCCUGCACGGAGGCGGUAAUGGAUACGACCCCUACAUGGACGGAUACAACACCUACUCCUUUUCAAGGUCCUCCACGGGCGGGAUGGCAGGCGGAAUGUCGGGCGGUAUGAUGAGCGGAAUGCCAGGCGGCAUGGUGGUGAGCGGAAUGUCGGGCGGCAUGAUGAGCGGAAUGUCGAGCGGAAUGGGAGGCGGAAUGGUGAGCGGAAUGUCGAGCGGAAUGGGAGGCGGAAUGGUGAGCGGAAUGUCGGGCGGCAUGGGAGGCGGAAUAAGUGGUUCCAUCCACCAGAGGGCCAUGAUCCUGCAGAGCCAGUGCCAGGAGUACCUGAAGAAAGCCGAAUACGCCCUUCAGUCUGGCAGUGCCUCGGGUGAUGCAGAGCGCAACAUGGCGAAGGCCAAAGAGACCAUUGAGCAGCUGAAGGGCUGCGCGAUGGACCUGAGACAAAUGGGACAGCCCAAUGAAAACGUAGUCAGGACUUUGGAGAUUUGUAAAGACCAGCUGAAGGGCGUACACUUGGCCAUGACAGGCAGCAUGCGCAGGAGGAGGAGCACCAGAGGGAGCACUGGAGGUUGGGAGGAGGGCGGAAGGAGCUUCCAAGACGCUAUGGGCUGGAUUGCACAGCAAAAGCGUCUGAUUGAAACUGCAUCCUGGGGAGACGAUCCUGCAGCCAUCGAUCAGCAGCUCGUCAGCCACCAGAGGUUUCACAGCUCCAUCCAGAGGAGUGCCGAGGUUGAGCGAGCCAAAGAUGACCUGAUGAAGAAAGGAGACAAGCCGAAUCUUCACGCUCUGGAUCAGGAAUGGGACAGCCUGCAGCAAAUGUCGUUUAAUCGGACCGAGCAGCUGCAAGACCUGAAGCGGAUCAUUCAGGAGAUAUCCCAGGAGAUCAUGUGGGUGAACGACAGGGAGGAGGAGGAGCUGAUGUUUGACUGGGGAGACAAGAACAUCGACCAGUACAUCCCACGGAAGCAGGAGAGCUACUCGCAACUGAUGAGUGCCCUGGAGGACAAAGAGAAGGACCUGAAUAAACUGAAAGCCAAAGUGGACAUCCUUCUGAAGAACAACCAUCCAGCUUCAGAAAAGAUCGAGGCUUACAAGGACACUCUGCAGACCCAGUGGAGUUGGCUCCUGCAAAUCACCAAGUGCAUUGAUGUUCACCUGAAGGAGAAUGCAGCUUACAGCCAGUUCUUCAAAGAGGCCAAUGAGACGUACACCACCCUGCAGAAGGAACAUGAGUCAGUCCGCAGGAAGUUUACCUGUGACAAGAACACUUCACUGAAUGACCUACUGGAGCUACUCAAGGGUCUGGAGAGGGAGAAGGAGAGGAUAAUGGAAAACAAGAGGCAGGUUCAACAUCUGGUCAACCAGUCCAAGAACAUUGUGAGGCUGAAACCCAGAAACCCUGAAGAGAAGCGCAGCAGCCCCGUCAUCGUCAAAGCACUGUGUGACUUCAAACAAGACCAGAAGGUGAUCUGUAAGGACAAUGAGGCAAUCCUGAAGGACAACAGUCAGCGCAGUAAGUGGGAAGUUACAGGCCCAGGAGGACUGGAUAUGACAGUGCCCUCUGUGUGCCUGAUUGUACCACCACCCAACCCACUCGGCAUCAGUCUGGCCAACAAGAAUGAGCAGUACUAUGAGGCCAUCCUGUCCAUCUGGAAUCAGCUGUACAUCAACGUUAAGAGUCUCAUCGCCUGGCAGUACUGCCUCAUGGAUAUCAAUAAAAUCAACUCCCUCACUAUCAGCAUGCUGUCCCGCAUGCGUCCUGAGGAAUACCGCAAACUUAUCAAGAGCCUGGAGACUCACUACGAGGAGUUCAGACUGAACAGCAGCGGCUCCCAGAUGUUUGGUGAUGAGGACAAGAGGAUGAUCGAGAACCAGUUCACUGGAGCCCAGUCCCACUAUGACCAGCUGGUGGUGCAGCUGCCUACCUACAUUGCACAGCAGGAACAGAUAGAAGUACAACAAGCACCCGGGCAGCAACACCAUCAGUUUAUCAUAAUACAGCAGCAGCAACAACAUGCUGCAGCCGAAGCAGAGGCCAUGAGGCUGGAAGAGGAGGCCAGGAGGCUUGAAGAGGCCCAGAGGCUGGAAGAGGCCAGGAGGCUUGAAGAGGCCAGGAGGCUGGAAGAGGCCAGGAGGCUUGAAGAGGCCAGGAGGCUUGAGGAGGAGGCCAGGAGACGUGAAGAAGAGGCCAGGAGGCGUGAAGAGGAGGCCAGGAGACUUGAAGAAGAACGACGAAGAGCGGAGCUGAAAAAGAAGAAAACAGAUAUUAAGAGCACUUCAGUAAAAGUGAUCAAGACAGAGCCAGUGAAGAAGGUGAAGGUCACCACUGUUUCUGCCUCCCCUGCCUCCUCAUCCUCCCUCAGCUUAUCUGAGCUGCACGCUCUCAGACUUAGGCUGGAGGGUGCAGAGGACAUGCUGAGUCAGCACGUUCACAUCUGCCUUGGAGAUGAUGGGAUGAACGACUGUGGCCUCAAGAUCACUCAGUUAGAGACGGUGCAGCAUGAUGUCAAUUUGAUGCGUGAGGAGUACUUACGUCUGAGGGAGCGUAUAUUGAAGGAGCUGGACGGCAUGACUGAUGCAGAUAAAGCCCAGUUCCUCCGCAGUGAGCUUGGAGUCAUCAACCAAAGACUGGGCAGUCUGGAGAGCAGCUCAUCAGCUUACCUACAGCGGCUGCGGGCUCUAAGGGAUAUGCUGGAGAGUGUGGCACGAGCUGAAGAUAUAGUGAAAGUUUAUGAGGCAAGACUGACAGAGAAAGAGACCACGUCUCUGUCGCCCAGUGAAGUGGAGGAUUACAUGAUGACCCUGAAGAAUAUUAAUGCAGAGCUGGAUCAGAAGAAGGAUGUUCUGACCUCCAUGGAGGCAGAGUUAGGCAAGGCCACCCACUGGAAUGGCCAGGUGGGUGGGCCUUUUCACAGGUGUGACAUGAUGCUAUCUAAAUACACUGAUCAGGUGAAUCUGCUGUCAGACCGCUGGAGACGAAUCCAAGGGCAGAUUGACACCAGAGUCCUAGAUUUGCAGGCAUACCAGCCUCAGCUGGAGCACUACAAGCAAACCAGCACGUCCCUUAUUGACUGGAUUGAUACCACACAGAAAAAACAAGACGCCCUGCAGGCCACCAAGAUAGAGAGCAUCCAAGCAUUGACCGACCAUAUUAAUAACCAGAAGGCUCUGAACUCAGAAAUCAAAGCAAAGAGGGAGACAGUGGAGAGUGUGCUGAAGGAAAAUGAAGCCUGUGUGAAUUCUAUCAAGGACUAUGAAACAGACUUGGCUUCUUACACUUCUGGUUUAGAGACUUUGCUCAACAUCCCCAUCAAAAGGACAAUGCUAAAGUCGCCGUCGAUGGAUCUUAAUCUGGAAGCUACACAACUGCAAACCCGUUACAUGGAGUUGCUCACUCAUUCUGAUGACUACUACAGAUUCCUGGGAACACUGCUCAAAAACAUGGAGGAGCUCAAGAUUCGUAACACCAGGAUUGACCUGUUAGAGGAAGAACUUCGCUUGUUGAGGGAGGACAUGCAAGACCGCAAUGCCAAGAACAAAUCUUUGGAAGAUGCUGUUUCCCGCUACCAGCUGGAGCUGUCCACAGCACAGGACCAGCUGCUAUCGAUGGAGGAGGUGAAGCAAAGCACUGCGCUGCAGUGCAAUGCCACUAGGGAGAGCCUAGACACCAGUCAGAGCCAGCUGGCGGACCUCAACGAUGAGGUGACACGUCUCAACUACUUGCUUGAUGAAGAAAAGAGGAAGAGGAGACUGGCAGAGGAGCGCUAUGCUACGCAGCAGGAGGAGUAUGAGUCGGUGCUGAGGAAGAGGCAGAAAGAGCUGGAGACAGUCAGCUGGUCCAAGGUGGAGGUGGAGAAGAGUGGGGCAAGUAAGGAUUAUGAGAUUGAACAGCUGCGGCGGCAGCUGGCUGAGGAGUCAGUGAGGAUCAAGGAGCUACAGAAAGAGAUGUCAAAGGUAAGGAGCCAAUAUAGUGCGGAGAUCAAUAACUUAAAGCUCAGCUACGAAUCCCAGAUCCACAUCAGCCGCACAGAUAUGCAGAGGCUGGCAGCCCAGAGGGAGGAGGAUACAGCCGAUCUCCAGCAGCAAUAUGACAGGAUGGAGGUAGAGAGAAGGAAUCUGGAGGAGGAGCUCAGGAGGCUCAGAAUGUCUAUGAGCCAGGCUGAGGAACAAAGGAAGAGGGCAGAAGAAGAAGCUCACAGUCAGCGUGCUGUCAUCACAGAGGAAGGCCGCAGGAGGAGAGAGCUGGAAAGUCAGGUGGAGGUGCUAGCAAGGCAGAGAGAUGAGGAAAGCAGACAGUAUUCAGAGGAGCUGUCUGAAGUCAUGAAGACUCUGCAGGAGAAGAAUGAGGAGCUGGCCUACAUCACACACAGUCUGGAUGAGGAGACCCGUAGUAGGAAAACUACAGAGGAAGGGCAGGGUGUACUUGAACAGACUAUGGCCCAGCUGCAGGUGAAGCUAACCAGUUCAUCAAUGGCUGCGACCCAACUGGGGGAGUGUGAGAAGGAGCUUCGGAAGAUGCAUUCAGAGCUGGAGAGGGAGAGCAGGGAGCGAAGCAGAGUAGAACAGAACAUGAGCAGGUUACAAGGACGCAUGAAGGACCUCCAGGCUGUGAGAGAUGGGCUGGAGAGCCAAGUGGAGAAUGUGAGGAAGGCUAACCAAGAGGAAGUGUCCAGAAGAAGGCAGGUAGAAACAGAGCUGGAAAGCACCACCAUGGCCAUGAAAGAGUAUAUCAGCACCAUUACCACUCUACGCCAGAACCAAGAACAUGCCAACUUGUCAGAAAAGAGAGGUGAAGAAGAGCGUCUUAGGUUACAGGAGGAGCUGGAGAGAAGCUUGAGACAGAACAAGACAUUUACAGAGCGCAUUACACAGCUAAUUGCUGAGCUGAAGGCCCUACAGCAACAACUCCUCCAGGAGCAGGCCAGAGUCAAAGAGGCAAACCUCAGGAAUGAGGGCCUUUACAGAACUAUAGAAGAGAAGAGUACGGCACUGAAUGAGAACUCUGUUCAGCUUCAGAGACUGAAGGAGAUGACAGAAACCCAGACCAAAGAGAGGCUGAGGCUGGAGGAGGAACUGAGGGCAACACGACAUGAUAAAGAGGAACUCCAGAGAUCCAAACAGGGAAUUAAUGAUGAGCUCUCCUCCCAGAUUACUGCUCUGGAGCUGCAGCUGCAGGCCAGUGAGCGCAGCAAUGUAGAUUACCGCGACCUGGUCUCAGAGCUCUCGUCAGAGAGGGAGCAACAAAACAAGACUUCUGCAGAGCGCAUUACACAGCUGAGCGCUGAGCUGAAUGCUCUACAGCAACAACUCCUCCAGGAGCAGGCCAGAGUCAAAGAGGCAAACCUCAGGAAUGAGGGCCUUUACAGAACUAUAGAGGAGAAGAGUACAACACUGAAUGAGAACUCUGUUCAGCUUCAGAGGCUGAAGGAGAUGACAGAAACCCAGACCAAAGAGAAGCUGAUGAUGGAGGAGGAACUUAGGGCAACACGACAUGAUAAAGAGGAACUCCUGAGAUCCAAACAGGGAAUUAAUGAUGAGCUCUCCUCCCAGAUUACUGCUCUGGAGCUGCAGCUGCAGGCCAGUGAGCGCAGCAAUGUAGAUUACCGCAAGCUGGUCUCAGAGCUUUCGUCGGAGAGGGAGAAACAAAACAAGACCUCUGCAGAGCACGUUACACAGCUGAGUGCCGAGCUGAAGGCCCUACAGCAACAACUCCUUCAGGAGCAGGCCAGAGUCAAAGAGGCAAACCUCAGGAAUGAGGGCCUUAAUAGAACUAUAGAGGAGAAGAGUACAGUACUGAAUGAGAACUCUGUUCAACUUCAGAGGCUGAAAGAGAUUUCAGAAACCCAGACCAAAGAGAAGCUGAGGCUGGAGGAGGAACUAAGGGCAACACGACAUGAUAAAGAGGAACUCCUGAGAUCCAAGCAGGGAAUUAAUGAUGAGCUCUCCUCCCAGAUUACUGCUCUGGAGCUGCAGCUGCAGGCCAGUGAAUGUAACAAUGUAGAUUACCGCAACCUGGUCUCAGAGCUCUCCUCAGAGAGAGAGAAACUCAAGCUGGAGACUGAGAAAAUACAAACGCAGGCCACCGAGACAACAGCAAUGAUGCAAUCCAUUCAGUCCCAGUACAGUGAAAUUGUGAGUGAGAGAGAUGCUCUUUUGCGGAAACUGCAAUUGUUAGAAAAGGACAAAGAUCACAACCAAAGGCUGGAUGAGGAACUCAGUCGCAUUAAACUGUCCCUGGACUCUGAGGUUCGCAAUAAGCAACGCCUACAGGAGGAGAAUGAAAGGGUGAAGAGGGAUUUAAGUUACUGGAAGGACCAGUGUGAUAGUAAGCAGGGCCUGAUCAAGCAAUAUGACACAGAUAAGGAAUGUCUGGAAAGGGAAAAGAACUCUUUAAGAAGUGAAAUAGACAGGCUGAUGAGGGAACUCAGGGAGCUUGAGGAGACAUAUAAAAGUAGGCUGUCAUCCAUGCAGAAAGAAUUGCGAGAGGUGGCUGUUGUCAGACAAACCAUGGAAACUGAGCUGAAGAGAACUAGAGAGCCCCCAACCUUGGAUGCCUCCACUCUGGUUUUUGAUGGAGUCCGUAAGUCAGUCACAGCAAACCAGUUGCUUGACUGUGGUGUUUUGGACAAACCAACAUUUAGCCAGCUUGUAAAGGGGCAUAAGACUGUCCCUGAUGUGUCUGUCGACAAGAAGGUCAGCCUAAAAGGGACAGGCCCAAUAGCUGGUGUGGUAAUUGAAGGUCCAAAAAAUCCAGGGUAUAUUACUGGACCCCUAUACAAAAUGACUUUCACAGAAGUCAAGAAAAAGAAUCUGCUGCCACCAGAUAGUGUUGACUUGCUACUGGAUGCUCAGGCUGCCACAGGCCACAUAAUUGAUCCCAGAACUAAUCAGAAGUUGACAGUUGAAGAGGCAUGUGAUCAAGGUGUGGUUGAUGAGGAGGACAAAGAGAGGUUGCUAGCAGCAGAAGCUGCGGCUGUAGGAUAUAAUGACCCUGGCACAAGCAAACCUCUGUCAGUAUUUCAGGCCAUGAAGAAAGGACUGAUUGACAAGAACACGACACUGCGUCUACUACAAGCUCAGGAGUCUGUGGGGGGCAUCCUAGACCCCAUUCUCAGUGUGUUCCUUCCCAAAGACACAGCCAUUGAGCGUAACCUAAUUAAUGAUGACAUAUAUCGUGUUUUGAAUCAGAGGCCUGAGCUCUACCUGGACCCAGAAAGUGAGGAAGGUGUAACCUAUAUGUCAAUGAAGAGGAGAUGCAAGGUAGAUCCACACACAGGCCUUCUGCUUCUUCCUAUUGUUGAGAAUGUAGAUCCCUCCAAACUUGUCUUUGAUGGUGUUCGAAAACCUGUUACAGCCAAGCAGCUGCUUGAUUGUGGUGUCCUGGACAAGCCAACAUUUAAAGAUCUAGAAAAGGGGAAUAAAAAUGUCCCAGAGGUGUCUGUAGACAAAAACAUUAAUCUUAAAGGGACUGGGCCUAUUGCUGGGAUUUUAGCUGGAAGUCAAGGCAAAAUGUCUUUCUUAGAAGCCAAGAAACAAAUGCUCCUGCCCGAAGAUAGUGCAGAUUUGCUACUGGAAGCCCAGGCUGCCACAGGCCACAUCAUCGACCCAAGAACCAAUCAGAAGCUAACCGUAGAGGAGGCAUGUGCCAGAGGGAUUGUGGAUGUUAGGGAUCGAGACAGAUUAUUGGCAGCAGAGGCUGCUGCUGUGGGAUACAAGGACUCAAGCACAGCCAAGCCUCUCUCAGUGUUUGAGGCCAUGAAGAAGGGACUAAUUGACAAGAAGACUGGGCUACGCCUGCUGCAGGCCCAGGAGUCUGCUGGGGGCAUUCUUGAUCCCAUUCUCAGUGUGUUUCUUCCCAAAGAUACAGCUAUCAAGUGCAACCUUUUGGAUGAAAACCUCCGUCAAGCUCUAAACCAGAGUCCUAAGUGUUACCUUGACCCAGAAACUGAGUGUGAUGCCAGCUAUGGAACACUGAAGAAAAGAUGCAAAACAGAGCCUCACACAGGUCUUCUACUUUUGCCCAUCACUGAGAGGAAAGACCCUUCUAAACUGAUUUUUGAUGGCGUUCGUAAGCCAGUAACAGCACAGCAAUUGCUUGAUUGUGGGGUCCUGGACAAACCAACGUUCAGCAAACUAAUGAAGGGAGAGAAAACUGUCCCAGAGGUGUCUGAGGAUAAGAAGGUCUCUCUGAAGGGGACUGGAUCAAUUGCUGGCGUGGCAGCUGGACCUUUAGGGAAAAUGUCCUUAUCAGAGGCCAAGAAACAGAUGCUCAUGCCCCCAGAUAGUGCAGAUUUGCUACUGGACGCCCAGGCUGCCACAGGUCACAUCAUUGACCCCACAACCAAUCAGAAGCUGACAGUAGAGGAAGCAUGUGCUAGAGGAGUGGUGGACAAUAGGGAUCGGGAUAGACUGUUAGCAGCAGAAGCUGCUGCUGUGGGCUACAGGGAUCCUAGCACAGCUAAGCCUCUUUCAGUGUUUGAGGCCAUGAAGAAGGGACUAAUUGACAAGAAGACUGGGCUACGCCUGCUGCAGGCCCAGGAGUCUGCUGGGGGCAUUCUUGAUCCCAUUCUCAGUGUGUUCCUCCCCAAAGAUACAGCUAUAAAGCGUAAUCUUUUGGAUGAGGACCUCCGUCAUGCUCUAAACCAGAGUCCUGCUUGCUACCUUGAUCCAGACACAGAGCAUGAUACCAGCUAUGGGGCUUUAAAGAAGAGAAGCAAAACAGAGUCUCACACAGGCCUGAUACUUCUUCCAAUCACUGAGAGGAAAGACCCUUCUAAUCUGAUGUUUGACGGAAUCCGCAAGCCAGUCUCAGCACAGCAGUUGUUUGAAUGUGGAGUCCUUGACAAGCCAACAUUUGACCAGCUAGUGAAAGGGGAGAAAACUGUCCCAGAGGUUUCUGUGGAAAAAACAGUCUAUCUAAAGGGAACAGGACCCAUUGCUGGAGUGGUAGCUGGACGUCAAGGAAAAAUGUCUUUGUCAGAAGCCAAGAAACAGGUGCUUAUGCCCCAGGAAAGUGCAGAUUUGCUACUGGAAGCCCAGGCUUCCACAGGCCACAUCAUUGAUCCUCAGACUAAUCAGAAGCUGACAGUAGAGGAGGCAUGUGCGAGAGGAGUAGUGGACACCAGGGAUAGAGACAGAUUAUUGGCAGCGGAGGCUGCUGCUGUGGGCUACAAGGAUCCUAGUACAGCCAAGCCUCUCUCAGUGUUUGAGGCCAUGAAGAAAGGGCAAAUUGACAAGAAGACUGGGCUACGUCUGCUGCAGGCCCAGGAGUCUGUGGGAGGUAUUCUAGAUCCAAAUCUCAGUGUUUUCCUCCCCAAAGAUACAGCUAUUAAGCGUAAUCUUUUGGAUGAGGACCUCCGUCAUGCUCUAAACCAGAGUCCCGCUUGUUACCUUGACCCAGACACAGAGCGUGAUACUAGCUAUGGGGCUUUAAAGAAGAGAAGCAAAACAGAGUCUCACACAGGCCAAAUACUUCUGCCAAUCACAAAGAGGAAUGACGCCUCCAAACUAAUGUUUGAUGGAAUCCGCAAGCCAGUCUCAGCACAGCAGUUGUUUGAAUGUGGAGUCCUUGACAAGCCAACAUUUGACCAGCUAGUGAAAGGGGAGAAAACUGUCCCAGAGGUGUCUGUGGAAAAAACAGUCUAUCUAAAAGGGACUGGGCCCAUUGCCGGGGUGAUGGCUGGACAUCAAGGAAAAAUGUCUUUGUCAGAAGCCAAGAAACAAAUGAUCCUGCCCCCAGAAUGUGCUGAUUUGCUGCUCGAAGCCCAGGCUGCCACAGGCCACAUCAUUGACCCUAAAACUAAUCAAAAGCUGACAGUAGAGGAGGCAUGUGCUAGAGGAAUGGUGGAUUUUAGGGAUCAAGACAGAUUAUUGGCAGCAGAGGCUGCAGCUGUGGGCUACAAAGAUUCUGGCACAGCAAAGCCUCUUUCAGUGUUUGAGGCCAUGAAGAAGGGAAUAAUUGACAAGAAGACAGGGCUACGCCUGCUGCAGGCCCAGGAGUCUGCAGGAGGUAUUCUAGAUCCCAAACUCAGUGUGUUCCUCCCCAAAGAUGCAGCUAUCAAACGUAACCUUUUGGAUGAAAACCUCUGUCAUGCUCUAAAUCAGAGUCCUGCUUGUUACCUCGACCCAGACACAGAGCGUGAUACGAGUUAUGGGGCAUUAAAGAAGAGAAGCAAAACAGAGUCUCACACAGGCCAAAUACUUCUUCCAAUCACUGAGAGGAAAGACCCUUCCAAACUGAUGUUUGAUGGAAUCCGCAAGCCAGUCUCAGCACAGCAGUUGUUUGAAUGUGGAGUCCUUGACAAGCCAACAUUUGACCAGCUAGUGAAAGGGGAGAAAACUGUCCCAGAGGUGUCUGUGGAAAAAACAGUCUAUCUAAAGGGGACUGGGCCCAUUGCUGGGGUAGCAGCUGGACGUCAAGGAAAAAUGUCUUUGUCAGAAGCCAAGAAACAAAUGAUCCUGCCCCCAGAAUGUGCUGAUUUGCUGCUCGAAGCCCAGGCUGCCACAGGCCACAUCAUUGAUCCUAAAACUAAUCAAAAGCUGACAGUAGAGGAGGCAUGUGCCAGAGGAGUGGUGGAUAUUAGGGAUCGUGACAGAUUAUUGGCAGCAGAGGCUGCAGCUGUGGGCUACAAAGAUUCUGGCACAGCAAAGCCUCUUUCAGUGUUUGAGGCCAUGAAGAAGGGAAUGAUUGACAGAGAGACUGGGCUACGCCUGCUGCAGGCCCAGGAGUCUGUGGGAGGUAUUCUAGAUCCUAAUCUCAGUGUGUUCCUCCCCAAAGAUGCAGCUAUCAAACAUAACCUUUUGGAUGAGGACCUCCGUCAAUCUCUAAACCAGAGUCCUGCUUGUUACCUUGACCCAGAAACUGAGUGUGAUGCCAGCUAUGGAACAUUGAAGGAAAGAUGCAAGACAGAGCCUCAAGCAAGCCUCCAACUUUUGCCAGUCUCUGAGAAGUUUGACCCCUCCAAACUACUCUUUGAGGCUGUCCGUAAGACAGUUACAGCACAACAGUUGCUUGAUUGUGGGGUCCUGGACAAACUAACAUUCAACAAACUAAUCAAGGGGGAGAAAACUGUCUCAGAGGUGUCUGUGGAUAAGAGGGUCUUUCUGAAGGGGACUGGGUCAAUUUCUGGUGUUGCAGCUGGACCUCAAGGGAAAAUGACUUUUACAGAAGCCAAGAAAAAGAAAAUUAUGUCUGCUGAAAGUGCUGACAUGCUACUGGAUGCUCAGGCAGCAACAGGCAACAUCGUUGACGUCAGAACUAAUCAGAGGUUGACUGUAAAGGAAGCGUGUGCCAGAGGAGUAGUGGAUAAGGAAGAUGAAUCAAAGUUAUUUGCAGCUGAAUCUGCAACUAUAGGUUACAGAGACCCAAAUACGGGCAAGCUCCUGUCAGCUGGCCAAGCCAUGAAGAAGGGAUUAAUUGACAAGGAUACAGCUCUACGUAUACUCCAGGCUCAGGAGUCUGUAGGUGGCAUUUUGGACCCUGCCCUUGGUUUAUUCCUCCCCAAAGACAUUGCUAUGGAUAGGGAUCUCAUAGAUGAGGACCUUUACCAGGCCCUGAAUCAGUAUCCUGAGUGUUAUCUGGACCCAGACACACAACAACCAGCUACUUAUGUAUCACUGAAGAAAAAAUGCAAAGCAGAUCGGAACACAGGUCUUUUGCUUCUUCCUGAACCCAAAAAGCCAUUAACUUUACAGGGGCUCAGGGGCCAGGUGUUGGUCAAAGAUCUAGUGGAUGCAAACUUAUUAGACCGGUCAGAUAUGGACCAACUGAGGGAGGGCAGAUUGACGAGCCAGGACAUUGAAGACCGCCUGCACUCCUACCUGAGAGGUUCCACCUGCAUAGCAGGAGUUUAUGAUGAGGCCAGUGAUAAGGUGAUGCCCUUCUAUCAGGCCAUGAAAGAUGGACUGUUGCGACCUGGGACUACUUUGGAACUGCUUGAGGCUCAGGCUGCCUCAGGUUUUAUAGUUGAUCCUGUCAACAACCAAUACCUGACUGUUACUGAUGCCUACAACAAAAGACUGUUUGGACCAGAGUUUAAGGACAACCUGCUAUCAGCAGAGAGGGCUGUGACUGGUUACAAACUUCCUGGUACUGACAAGGUUAUCUCCCUCUUUCAGGCCAUAGAGAGAGGUCUAGUUGAGAAAGGUCAUGGCAUCCGUCUACUGGAGGCCCAGAUUGCCAGUGGUGGUAUAAUUGAUCCUGAACACAGCCAUCGUAUUGACGUUAAUGUAGCCUACAAGAGAGGUUACUUUGAUAAGGAAAUGAACAAUAUCUUGACCAAUCAGAAUGUUGAUACUAAGGGUUUCUUUGACCCCAACACGGAGGAAAACCUAACUUACAUGGAGCUUAAGAAACUCUGUACUACAGAUAAGAAGACUGGCCUCAUUCUUUUACCUAUCUUAGACAAGAAAAAGCUAGAGUCGACUCAAAAGAACACUCGGAGAAAGAGGAGAGUGAUAAUUGUGGAUCCAGCGACUAAUAAAGAGAUGACAGUGCGUGAGGCAUAUGACAAAGGGUAUAUUGACUAUGAUACCUUCAUUGAGCUGUCUGAGCAGGAGUGUGAGUGGGAAGAGAUCACUAUCACUGCUCCAGAUGGUUCCAUACAGUUUGUCAUUAAUGACAAGAAGACUGGAAGACAGUAUGAUAUUACCGAGCUGAUUGAAAAAGGAGUAAUUGAUCAAUCGGAUCUAGAUCGGUACAGAUCACGUACCAUCAAUCUUACUCAGUUUGCAGAUAUCAUCAGCAACAAGACCAAACAUGGAUCAUCAUCAUUAUCUUCAUCAUCAUCAACUUCAAGAACAUCAGCAUUUCCAGGUACAUCUUCAAUGACAUCAUCAUCAUCAUCAACUUCAAGAACAUCAGCAUCCCCAGGUACAUCUUCAGUGACAUCAUCAUCAUCAACUUCAAAAACAUCAGCAUCCCCAGGAGCAUCUUCAGUGACAUCAUCAUCGACUUUGAGAACAUCAGCAGCGUCAAUUCCAUUGUCAGUGACAUCAUCAUCAUCGUCAUCAUCAUCAGCCCUGUCAAGACCCUUAUCACCUACUCUCUCCAAGGUGACAUCAACAAGAACCACCACUGUCACCGAGCGAAGCACCUCAUUUAGCAGUGUAGGUCAAGAUUCACCUGAUUCCUUUAGGGGUAUAUCCAGCAUAUCAUUCACCCUGGCCUCUCCUGUUGAAACAGUGGGUGAACAGGAACCUGUGGGUGCCAUCUUUGACACAGAUACUAUAGAGAAGAUAUCCAUCACAGAGGCUCUAGAUCGUGGUCUGGUGGAUUCCAUCACUGCCCAGAGACUGCUGGAGGCUCAGGCCUGCACUGGAGGAAUCAUCAAUCCCACAAAUGGCCGUAGGCUCAGCAUCCAAGAGGCCACCCGCCAGGGCAUAAUAAAUGACGACAUGGCAACUAAGCUUAAGCCUGCCCAAAAAGCCUUUUUUGGCUUUGAGGAUGUAAAAAACAGGAAGAAGAUGUCUGCUGCUCAGGCUAUGAAGGAGAUGUGGCUGCCAUAUGAGGCAGGGCAGAGAUUCCUGGAGUUCCAGUAUGUAACAGGGGGACUUUAUGACCCAGAAAUGGGGUGUAGAAGAACCUUAGAAGAAGCUGUGAAAAUGGGCUGGCUGGAUGGGAGAGCAGCCCAGAAGCUCCAAGACACCAGACAGCAAACAAAGAACCUGACCUGCCCCAAGAGCAAACUAAAGAUCUCUUACAAGGAUGCUCUGGAUAAUUGCCUGGUGGAGGAAAGCAGCGGGGUGAAAAUGCUCCAGGCAUCAGCCGAGUCUUCCAGAGGGAUCAGCAGUCCUUACAAUGUGUCCUCUGCCCCAGGAUCCACCACUGGCUCCAGGAGUGGCUCACGACGAGGCUCCCGCAGGAGCAGUGUGGACCUAGGCUCCCCCAGUAACUCAUCAACUAGUCGCACCACCUUAAGUCAUACUAGCUACGCCACUUUCUCCUCAACAUCUGCCAAAUAAAUCAAAAAAUGUUCUGCACAUUCAUACUUGCAAAUAAAUCUGUUAAGAGUAUACUGAUUGUUUAGAAAAGAGCUUGUGUGUAUUGUACACAAGGAGAAGAAUUUAAAGAUAACAUCAUCUGAAGAUCAUGUUCUUAAUCUUUUUGCAUAGUUUUAGAUUUUAGCUUUGGUGUUGCUAUGCUUUUAAAAUGCUAUAGUUCAAAAGGUAAUGACAAUGAACACUGCCUAGAUAUUUUUUGUGGAAACUAAAGUAUUAAUGGCAGCCAUCUUCAGGUAUAUGGAUUGAAAAUAAAAUGUAUGUUAGCAAAGCUGCUGGUGCCCCUACUAGGCUAGGUUCAGAAAUGUUUGCCAUAUUUUUGCAUACACAUAGGCCUAUUUGACCAAUGUUGUUAAAAUCUUCAUGGAAUGUAAUUUCUUUUUAAGCUUUAGAUUGUUAACAUGAUGGUAUUAGGUUUAUAUUUAAUCUACAUCUAAAAUGCCUGUUUUGUGAGGAAAGGGAAGCAAAGGUUGGGUUACAUAUAUUAGCUUAACUACUUUUUUACUAAAUCAGUUAAACAUUGGUUUUUGCUGUUUAGUGCUUCUGGUCUUGUAAAAGUUUCUCAGUAUCUCAAAAUAAACACUAACCUUUGAGUCUUUUGCUUA